CCGUGCAUGUCAAUCCUGGGAAUAUCCAUUUUGGGAACGGAGGACAUAUGCCUUCGCCUGUUCAUGGAGGCACUAUUGGAGGCGCUUUUGGAGGUGCUUUUCGUUAAGAAAUUUACCACGCAUGUUGAUGAAGAGAUGAACCCAUAGAAGAUGAUAUAGGAACCACAACUAGUACUAGAUCAGCUUGCGCUUCUAUCGCAGCAUUUCUUCUACCAAGAUUGCUGCUAUUACUAUUUCACUGCCACAUUUUUAUAUCGGCCCGACACGACGACGCCGUCGUGAGUGGGAUGCUUUGCAAAUCGUUAGAAGAUUUCAGAACUUUUUGGCUUAGACGAAACCAACUCCAGACUCAAGUACUGCAUCUAAAUAAUUCUUUCAGGGUCUAUUUUGAUUUUCGAGAGUGUUUUCAAAAGUUGUACUGUUGUGUCUUGCGACGUGUAUGAUUUUAUUUUAGACAGCAGCAAAUCAGUGCUAUGCCUGUCUGUGCCUCUUCAUUCUAAUAGGUGCAGGAAAAUCAGGAUAUCACAGGGGCCGCGGGCGGUUCCGCUCCAAUGAAUCAGAAGCAGUACAUGUACAGCUAAGUAAGUGAUAUCUCCAGGCCGGGACAAAACCAACAUGAUGAAAAGGAGGACUGUGAUGCACUUGAUUUAAGUACUAGAAUCGCAAUCGAAAGGAAAGACGUAGUUUGUGCCCAAGACAGCGAAGAGCGCGUUCUUCAUGUUUGUGCGUUAUGUAACAUGGUUGAAUGCGCCUCAUAGCUACCGCAGCCACCGAUUAUGUAUCUGUAUACCGUUCUGAAAGGAGAGAUUAUUUACAACUGUUUUGGAUGUAUGAUGAUCUUAUUGUUGCAACUGUUUUGGAUGUAUUGCAGCUGUAUGAUGUAUGGAUGAUCUUAUUUUAUUUGAAACAUUGCUGUGCACUUAAAUCUUUUCUAAGUGUUGGACAAGAAGUAACGCUAUCGGCCGGGGAGACUAAGUCAGCCGAUGAUUAUUGUGAUGCUUCGCUACAAAGUCGCACCCUGCGGUGAGACGUUUUGAGCAAGCUCUCAGCUUUGGACAACAAACAUCCCUGCAGUAGGGAUUUCGUGGUGGUGGUCUACGAGAAAACAAUCUCGAAGUACGAUGUUUCUGAUUUUGGUGAAUGCGAAGGAGUGUUGUAUACAUGGCAUAGACAGUUCAGCAGGACCCUAUUGUUUUGAAGAAGAGGAAAGAACAUCAUGAAAAGAAUUUGUACUCACUACAUCCUAUUAGUUGCACUUGAAUCCAAAUUAGCAGUUUCCCUGCCCGGAAUGACGCUGG